CAAAGUUUUUCAUCCGGCUGCCUGCAGUUCCCUCUGCACCGCCCCUGCGGCUGCGGGGAGGGGAAUGGGCCUGGCGGGUCCCCUGGGUGCCGUGGGAAGCGCUGGGCUGUCGGCGGUGCUGAGCSGAGUUGUACACACGCGGCUGCGGCUGCCGGACGGGCACGGCCACGGGCACGGCCACGGACGGGCAUGGGGCUCCGGCUGCCCCUCCGCCGCAGCACCAGCUUCACCCCCGAGCACCCUGCCCUCACCGAGCUGCCCGGCCCCGCUGCCCUCAAGGUGGAAGCGAACGUCCUUGUCAUGGGAGCGGACAACGUAGGGAAAUCGGCUCUGACYGUGCGUUUCCUGACCCGGCGCUUUAUUGGGGAGUACGGAGACAUGGAAUUCAUCUACAGCCACAACCUGACUGUGGAUGGCCGAGAGAUUCUCUUCCACAUCUGGGAUGUUCCCAGUUCCCAGGAGCAGACAGAGGAUGGCUCCUCGGAGGAGAAGCGAAUCCAGUGGGCAGACAGCUUUGUCCUGGUCUACAGUAUCUGUGACCGUGCCAGCUUCAACAUGCUGCCCCUCAAAAUCCAGUUCAUCAAGGCAGCCAAGGAGGGACAGAGCCAGGAGAAGGUGCCCAUUGUCAUCGUGGGCAACAAACGGGACCURCACCACCAGCGGGCGGUGUCCAGCGAGGAGGGGCGGCUGCUGGCCCUCUCUUUGGACUGUGGUUUCUACGAGGUCUCUGCAGCUGAGGCUUAUCACGGGGCCCUCAUGGUGUUCCACGGACUGGCCAAGCGCAUCCCGGACACCAAGCUGGCCCUCAAGAAGGGYACAGGGAUCCGUGGCAUCGUCAAGACCGUGUCGGCUGUGUUUGCCCGCAAGCGAACGGACUCGCUCUGAGCUGCAGCAGGGGUGGUGCUGCUCUCUGCACUGCCCAGCUGGGCCAGCCCUCCUCACUGUGUGCCCAUGGAGGUGCCCAUGGUGUGUCUUUCCAUAUAKAUGACGGGUUCCUUGCUGUCCUGCUGAUGUCGGGGUCUGGGUGUCCUGCCAUGCAUGGCUGGUGCAGCUGAGGACUGUGGUGUGUUCCCCUCGGCUCUGCCAUGGGACAGUCUCAUCUCUUYGCUGCACCAGCUUUUUAGGUGCCUCCUGCUCUCUCCUUCUUUCCUCCAACACUGGAAACCACGGCGUGAUUUUGCCAAAGCUCCAGGCAGCAGCACCCCGAGCUCCUGCAGCUGGAGCUGCCCAGGCUGUCAGUGAGCAGGGAGGAUACCCCGUCUCUCCACUCCUACCCUGGGAUCCUUCUUGCUGUUCAACACUCAUCAGGAUCCUCCUGAGUACCCCUGGAGCACCCAUGAACUGAGAGGAGGGGGAUUCUCCGCUGGGGAGGCACUGGUGAUCUCCACGUGUGUUUCACUGUGUAAAAGUGUCCCAGAGCCCACAGCACCAGCCAUCCUGGAGUGCUUUGGUGAGGGCUGUGCCUCCCAUCCCCCUGCCUUGCUUUGGAGCUGUCCUGCUCGUGGCCCUCUCCCCCACAGCCUGUCAGCRAUCCCAGCCGUUUCCCCCGUGCUGAACAGGCUGUGCCUGGGAACAGCCAGGCACGGGGCUGGUUCCCAGGGUGGGAAUGCACCACGAGCCUUCCCAAGCCGCUCCUGUAAGGCUGCCUGUCCCCGGGGASGACAGGAGGUGGGGAAAGGGGUCGCUGGGCUCCUCACUGAACYCUUCUGCUGCUGGGAGGCUUUUCCCUUGCACCUCCCAAACCCUUCCCUGUGUGCCCUGGGAGAGCAGCGUGCUGGAAGAGGGUUUGUGCGUGCUGUAUGGACACUGAUUUYUCUGCUGUGUUCUUCUGGAAAUGCAAUAAAUUGUCUUUGG